GUGUACUGCAUUUUUUAAAAUUCUAAUUGAUGUAAAAAAAGUAUUUUUAAAAUAACGUAUUUAAUAUAGAUUUUUAAAAUUUAUGAUUAUUUAAAUAACUUAAAUUAGUCAUUAUUGUUUCUCAUCAGAAAAAAGUUGUUAUAAUAAAGUUCAAAGUCUGUCGGGAGUCUCAACUGCUCAUUAUCUUCACUAGAUUAGUAAAAUGUUGUCUCGUCUUGCUGUUAGGCAGUCCGCAAUGAUGUUGCAAGUUUUCCGUCCAUGUGUUUUGUCACAGCACAACUUUUCUCUCUCUACUGCAAAAGAUAAGUAUUCUUGGCACCGAACUGCAUGGCCAGCGUGGCAAAUGUACAAAGACAAAGCAGGAUCAUCUGGUGCUUCUAUUAUGAUUGCUGGAGCUGCUGCUUACCUUAUAUCGAAAGAAAUUAUGGUUGUAAACGAUGAGUUUAUGUUGCUAAUCUUGAUGAGUGCAGUUGGUUACAAUUUAACCAAAGCAGUUGCAGGUUCAGUUGGAAAAGCUUUGGACGCAGAACGAUCAACUAUACUGGAAUCUAUGAAUCAAGGAAAAUAUAAUCAAAUUGCUUCCCUCAAACAAGUUAUUGAUUCUCAUAAGGAAGCAAAAGAUGCUUUGAAGUACCAGGAAGAAUUUUUCGAUAUUAUCAAAGCUAACAAUGAGAUGAAGCAAGAGAUUGCUUAUAGAAGUAAUUUACACGAGGUUGAAUCAGAAGUUAAAAAAAGGUUAGAUUACCAAAUUGACAUGCAAAAGCUGGAAUUAAGUAUUGAAGAACAGCAUGUGUGCAGCUGGGUGGAGCAAAAGGUCAUUGCUAGUAUAUCUCCUAAACAAGAAAGUGAUGCUCUCAACCAAUGUAUCAUUGAUUUAAAUCUGCUUGCCGAAGGCAGGGCUGUUUCAGCUUAAAUAUGUAAUUUUUUAUUAGAAUAAUUAGUUGUAGUCCAAUUUA